GUUUGGAGUAGUGAUCCAAUAUGGCAGCUUCCAUGGUUCAAUUAUAGUGUGUUUUUAGUUACAUGUAAAUAUAUUGAAACGGAAUUUUUAUAAAUAAUUAGGCAUUGAAGCUUAAUAAUGAUGUUUGCAGAUGUAUCUCGACAAAAUCUAGUACCAUAUUUUAAGAAUUAUCUACGUUUUAAACAUAUCAUUGCUCGAUGUAAAUCCACUGGCGUUAAUUCAUUCACGUUUGAGCAUCUUACAUCUGUAACCAGGAAAAACAUUGAGACAUAUUGGAGGGAUAAGAUUAAUUUAUUUAAAUAUGAAGAAACAAAUAAUGAAAAAAAAAGAUUUUAUGUAUUAUCAAUGUUUCCUUAUCCUUCUGGAUUAUUGCAUAUGGGUCAUGUAAGAGUUUAUACAAUAAGUGAUGCCAUUACUCGUUUUUAUAAAAUGAAAGGAUACAAUGUUCUUCAUCCAAUGGGUUGGGAUGCGUUUGGUUUACCUGCUGAGAAUGCAGCAUAUGAAAAACAAUUAGAUCCUACUGAAUGGACAUAUGAUAAUAUAACUAAAAUGCGAAAUCAAUUGAGCUUGUUAAAUUAUGGAUUUGAUUGGGAUAGAGAAUUUACAACAUGUGAUCCAGAAUAUUAUAGAUGGACACAGGAGUUGUUUUUGAAACUAUAUGAAAGAGGUUUAAUUUAUCAGAAAGAAGGAUUUGUCAAUUGGGAUCCUGUUGAUGAAACUGUGUUAGCUGAAGAACAAGUUGAUGAAAAUGGUUGUUCUUGGAGAUCUGGAGCUAAAGUGGAAAAGAAAUUAUUAAACCAAUGGUUUAUUAGAACUACAUCAUUUGCUAAACAACUGCUAGAGGGUUUAAAUGAUCCAAUAUUAAAAGGAUGGGGAGAUGUAAAAAAAAUACAGCAAAACUGGAUUGGUAAAUGUAAUGGCAUUAGUUUUGAAUUGCAAUUGAUGUCAAAUAUUCCAAAUUUUCCAAAGACAUUAAAUGUCUGGACAGAGAAUCCAGAAUUCAUUGAAUAUGCGAAAUUUAUUGCAAUCUCUCCGAAAAGUUUAUUAAACUAUCCCGAAUAUUGUACAGAAGUACAAGAGGGAAUUCAAAUCAUGGAUGCUAAAGUACUGAAUCCAUUCAAUGGGGAAGAGUUACAAGUAUAUGUAACAGAUAAAGUGAAAUUUCAACCUUUCAGAGAAACUUAUAUUGGAAUACCUUCAGCUUCAAUGGAUGAUUAUCACUUUUCUGAAGCAGUUGGAAUCGAGUUUCUACGACAUUCGAUAAGAAGUUAUGAACAACAGCAGCAAAAAAUAUUGGAAGUGCUAUCCAAAGCUAAAAAAUGGAACAUUGGUGGGUAUCCAGUUAGUUCAAGACUCCAAGAUUGGCCAAUAUCUAGGCAAAGAUAUUGGGGCACACCAAUACCGAUUAUUCAUUGCUCGAAGUGUGGCAUUCAACCAGUGCCACGCGAUCAACUUCCUGUUGUCUUACCAAAAACAACAUUUUCGUUCUCGAAUAAAAGGUCUACUUUAUCGGAUGUUAAAGACUGGUUAAGUACUUCAUGCCCGAAAUGUGGUAAACAAGCAAUUAGAGAAUCAGAUACAAUGGAUACUUUUGUCGAUAGUUCAUGGUAUUUUUUGAGAUACAUUGAUCCAAAAAAUACUAAAGAAAUGUUUUCUGUUGAUAAAGUAAAAACUAUAUUUCCCGUUGAUCUGUACAUUGGUGGAAAAGAACAUGCUGUAUUGCAUUUAUAUUAUGCCAGAUUUAUAAGCCAUUUCUUACAUUCGGAAGGAUUAAUACCAAGUCCAGAACCGUUUAAGCAAUUACUUGUUCAGGGCAUGGUAAUGGGUCAAACUUACCGACAGAAGGAUACACUAAAGUAUUUAAAACCUAAUGAAGUAGAAACGCAAGGCAAGCUAACGGUGGAAAAAAAUACCUAUAAACCUGUAAUUGUUGCUUGGGAAAAAAUGUCUAAAUCGAAGCACAAUGGCGUUGAUCCUCUUGAAUUAUUAAAUGAAUACGGCAUUGAUGUAACCAGGUUGUUAAUAUUAGCGGAUGUAGCACCAACCUCAAGCAGACACUGGAGUCAUGAUACCUGUCGCGGAAUAAUGAACUGGCAAAAUCGUUUAUGGGAUAGCAUGAAAAGUUUUAUGGAUUACCGUAACAAUGUCAGCCUGGAAGAACUGCAAACAAAACCGACCGAUCCUAAAUUUCAACAGCACGAUGCAUAUAUGUUUGAUAGUCGAAAUUAUUUCUUAAAAUCCGUAACAUAUAACAUGACCGAAUCUCAGCAACUGAGUGUUGCGAUAUCAAGAAUGCAAGGACUUACAAAUAGUUUACGGAAGGUAUGUUUGGAUUGUAUGAAGAAAAGUCGUGAAUUCGAACGUGCAUUAGCUGUCCAAAUUAUAAUGCUUGCACCAAUAGUACCACACUUUGCCUCAGAAUUAUGGGCAGGCUUUUGCUCGGUUAAACAUCAUCUAAUAAGCGAAAACGAAGUUAACUUAGAUAAAGAUGUAAUGGAGCAAACUUGGCCAGAAAUCGAUAUGAAUUACAACAUGGUGAUAGCAACGUUGAUAAACUCUAAACGCAUAAAAAUGUUCAGAGUACCCAAAUACCAAUUGGAUAAAAUGUCAGCUGAGGAAGUCCUUGAUGUAGUAACAAACGAUCCAGAAAUUAAACGGCAUUUGAAAGAUAAAACGAUCGCACGAACUAACUUUCAUUCAAAGGUAGGCUACGAUACAGAAAUAGAUAUUGUUUUAGAAAAGAAUGCUGCAACAACUUGAAUCUACUCUAGAGUAAGUAAUGUGAAUAUACUGUGUAUGUAACGAUAUGAAUGAUGUAAAUAGAGUUAUGAAUAGUAUUAGUGA